AUGGCAGGCGCUGAUUGUGCAAACAUUCGUCGUCAAUUCGCUGCUACAAACUAUGAUGACGAUGGCGAUGAGAUGCUCCAUGACAUUCUUAAUGUGUUGUACAGUGUGCAGCCCAAAGAAUUUGGUAUCCCUCAGAAUAAGUUUCGAGCUGUUGUGAAGCUGCUUGUGACUACGUACUUCGGAAAACCGAGAGUCCCGGUCGAGCAACUGACUGACCUGGACCAUGUUGUGGACUGCAUCGUCUGCCCCGUUAUACAGAAACCAGGUAUUGGCAUUACCUGGGACAGGUUUGAGCAGGCUGUCGGCAAUGGAAUGCCGCUACUUAUGGAAGGCCUUCAGCGUCUCUUGGGGCCGUUUUACGGAGACCUCGAGGACGACAAUAUCACCGUCAGUCUCCCUGAGCCAGGAAAGGUGGCUACCCUCCCUGUCUUGGCGCAAAUGAGCUCCCUUGGCGUCUUUCCAUGGUGGUUUGUCUGUGUCAAACCACCCAAGUACUACAACAUUAGCGCCAUGACCGUCACGGCGUCAGCCCUGGCAGAGGAUCUAGAUGUAUUGCCCAACAAAGCGCCCCCAAUCAAGUCGAAAUUCUAUUGA